GUACUGUGUUGUGUGUUCGAGUGGUUUUCGAUAAUAAGAAUCCGAGGCUCGAAGCAAACUUCCUAUGUUUUAAAUAAAACUAAGCCUGGAUAUAGUUUGGGUGUAAGAAAUGCUUAAUGCCGGUCACGAGGUUUAAGCCGGUGCCGGCUAAUGAGUCUUCAGCAUCGGAUGAAGAGUCUAAGUUGGAGCUCUACCUGCAGCAACAAUUAGAAGAGGAUGUCGCCAGAAUAUUUGAUGAAUCAAUUUAUUCUGACCUUGAAGUGGUUUGUGGAAAGCUUAAGAUACUAACACAUACUUGUAUACUAAAAGCACGAACAAAUAAAUUUUACCAUAAGCUUGAAACAAUCUUGCAUGUCAAUAUAGAACGCCAUACAUUUGAUGAAAUUUAUUCCUUCAUAAGUGAUGCAUACACCGAGUGUGACAUUAAAACACAAGAAAGAGAAAUAAUAAAGUAUUUAAAAGCCAACUUCUUGUUCUUAAAUACAGAUAAAGCUAAAACGGGGUACGCAAAAGAAGAAGAGGCUGAUGUAUUUUUAACACCUAAGUGCGUAAGUCCCUAUGCAGAAGGUAAAAUACUAAAACUUAAUGGUACCAGUCCGAAUACUGAACUCACAAGAGAGUAUUAUGCCCUAGUACCAAUAGAAGGUAAUUUAUUGGAACAAGAAUUAAGUGAACAAGACGCUCUUUCCAAUGCAUUUCACUCAAUUAUAAAAACCCAAAAUAAAGAUCCACUUUCUGAAAAUCUUGUACAACACGUUAAACCUACUACACUUUCACUUAUCUCUAGUCAUUCAUCCAAAACUGUAAAACAUUCCAUUAGUUGUGAUAUUAUAAGUAAUUGUCGAGUCGAAAGUAAUAGUGUUGCGGAUAAUAAAGUAAGUAAAGAAAAUAAUAUACCUAAUAGGCAAAAAGCAAAACCUUUUCAACAAAUUGAAUCAAAAAAUACCACCGAUCGUGUAGUAAAAAAAACAUUUAAUAGUGAUUGUAAAAUAGACAGAGCAUUCGACUCUGCUUGUUCCCCCGAUAGCUUGAUAACUGAUGACCCAAGUUCAUCUUCAGACUACUUGUCUGCUGCGUUUAACUGUUCCCCAGGUUUGGGUUCGAUAGAAUUUUUUCCUCAAUUAAAUGUUGGGGAAAAUUUUACUAAAAUGGACAACAUCUUUACAUCCUCUGAUUCCGGUCUGGAGAACACUGGAAUGUUGGAGAGUCUUAGCAGUCAUAAAGAUGUAACAUUAACUGACUUUUCGUUGACGGAAAGCGCUUUGCAUGAAUCAGGCACCGAUGAUCAAAACCCCUCCAUUGAUUGUACAUCUAAUUCAUAUGCAGAGUCCGACCAAUGUCUGCGAUUCAGACAAUUCGAUACUAAUGCAGAUACAUCUUUAAGGAGUUUAACUUCUGUGGCAAGGGAAUCGGAGGGAAAUGGUCAUAAUGAUAAGCAAGUGAAACAAAAAGAUGUAGAUCAUUCCAAUACGUCCAAAGAAGAAAAACAACGACAAAACGAGGAGAUUGUUAUCCUCGAAUCGUCAUCUGUAUCAUCGGAGACGGGAUCCUGGGAAUCAAUUUUUCCCCCGAAAGGGACGGAAAAAGAAAUAUGUGAAAAGUUUUUAAAUAAUGAACGACUACUCAUGACUGAACAUCAGUUGCGCACUAAACAAAAAAAAUCGUUUAGUCCACCAUCAGCUCAGAUUGAAAAAGUAGAAUGCAAACCAACACCAUGUUUCAUCGAUGCUUCAAGUCUAGUAGAUGAAGAGGAACAGAUUAAGGUACAGGUCUUGAAUGAUAUAAGUAGAACAAAAGGAGAAUCUACAAUGAUGCCAAGCCAGCCAUUACCUUGUUCCACAACCCAUAAAUUAGACAUUAGCCCGGGCGAUUGGUCUGAAAGUAAUGACAACGAUGACUCUUUAGAACAAGCUGAUAACAAAGAUCUUGAUUCUAUCCAAAAAGAUUUGUCACCUACGAUUUUUGAAAUGACACCUAUAACUGAGGAUUCUUUAUGUACGAAUGCUUUCGAAAGUGCAGUAACAAACCGAGGCGUUGACAAGCCAGAAGAGUCGCAAAAGUGUAGUGAUAUAGGAACCGAUAAUGAAAGUUUGUCAUAUGCAAGCACAGUAUAUGUCGCCACAACACCGCACAAUUCAAUUUUAUCAGUAAACACGUCAUCAGUUAAACAAUUUGAUAUAGAAGAAACUAGUAACGAUAGUGUAACUCUUUGCGAGAAAACUCAUGUAAAUUUAAAGAAGUCCCGGUGUGACGAGUCAUCUCCAAUAGUUUCAGGAGGUUCUUCAUUAGUAAGUCGCACACCUCAAUUCGACAGUAACAACUGUAACUUAGAAGCUGCUAAUGAUUUAAAAUCGCAUGAAAAUGUUAUUACCUCGUCAUGGGUGGUUGAUAUGUCAUUUUCUUCCAAAUCAGACACGGAUAAGAACCUAAAAAAUUAUUACGCUAAAAAGCCCGGUGAUAAAGUUUGCGAAGGCUUAAAAAGUGAAAGUAAAGAUCGUCCAGAUGGCAACAGUAAAAGCCGAGGAUCUGUAGACUCCGAUAGUAGUGAAAAAUCGAGUCAUAAAUUUUACAUCGACCUUUCAAGUUUACCUGAUCCGUUGCCACCUAAAAAUCCCAUUGAAAUUGACACUAACAAUGAGAAAAAGAAUAUAUUUUCUAUGUAUAUUGACUUAGGUGAUAAGGCGCCAGUGAAAGAAAUGCCUGUUCGGCUUUCAUCAUCAUUGAAUGUGAAAAAACAAAACGAACCUAAGCCAUCACUUCUACCAUCGAAAACAAAUAAACCGUCAAAAAAUUCUAAUACGAAAAAUAUUAUAUCGACUGCUAAGAUAAUUGAAUGCGAGUCUGUUUUUGAAGAAAUCGAGUCUCUGUGUAACGAUCCUAAUAUAAGUAUUACUGAAAUAAUAGGUAUUCCAGAUAAAUCUAAAUCGUCUAAAGUCACUGAGGUUGAGAAGGAUAUAGUGAAGGAAAAGAAACAUUCUCGAAGUGUCAAUGGUGAGAAUAAGUUAAAGCAGAAUUCUAUACCAGUAAUCCACGAGGAAAUUACAAACAAAUCUUCAGGCGACCUUUUUGUAAGAUUGUCGGAUUUAGAUAAGCCUGUUCAAAAGUCAGAAAUUUCUAUGCACGAAAUACGUACUGAAAAAGAAAACAUCGAUGUACGCAUGACAAGAUCAAUCCCCGAUCAUAAUUGGGGAGAGCAAAAUUCAUCUAUGGCCUCCCGAUCUAUCGAAGUUUUAAGUUCAUUCCACUCCGAAAAUGCAUUAAGUUUAAACAGAUUGUUUCCGCAUUUGAAAAAUGAGUUUAGCAAAAGUAUGCCUGGAUCCUUAUCUGCAAGGACGCGAUCGCCUUUCAGGCCAAAUACGAUCAUUAGCCCCGGGGAAGUGGAAGAUCAAGCGUCUGAUGUCUCAGAGCUGAGCAGCGUUCAGAGUAGCAUGUGUCGAUCGGUUGUAGAAAAUAGUACUACAGAGGAAACUAGCCAGACCUCGAGCCUUAUUGGGAAUUGCCAAUCCCGACUUGGGCAGGAUUUGUUACGGAUGUUUUUAGAAGAAAUAGCCCCAGAUGUAAUCGUCGAAGUGUCGGGAAAGAGGAUUAAAGCUCACAAGUGCAUCUUGUCUUCAAGAUGCCAGUACUUCGCGGGAAUAUUAAGUGGAGGAUGGGUUGAAAGUGCUGGAAAUGUGAUCGUUUUACCACCGUUUUCGUUCAACGUGGUGCAUUUUGCCUUGUGUCAUAUCUACUCUGGCUUGUCAACAAUACCAGACUCUAUAAGCAUUGUAGAAUUGGCCACAAUAGCAGAUAUGCUAGGUCUGGAAGGGCUAAAGGAAGCGAUUAUGUUUACGCUUAAAGCGAAAUAUUGUCACCACUUCCAUAGACCCUGUCAUGUUUGUACCGCUGGGGUGUUGGAAUGUUUCCCACUUUCGUCUGUGUACGGCUUGGACGACCUCUAUCGCAAAUGUCUACGGUGGAUAACGAAAUACUUUUCCAAAGUUUGGCCCACCAAAGCAUUUGCAACUCUUCCGAAGGAAUUACUGGAUAAGUGCUAUCAGGAGCACAUCGUCAAUUUAUCCACGGAAAAUCUUAUCGACACAGUCUACGGAUGUGGCAUUACAGUUGCGUCAUUACAAAACAGUAGAUGGGCUGAGACAGUGGCUCGAAUGUGCAGGCGUUUAGUUAACGCUGUAGCUCAUUUCGCAGCACCUAGACUCGUAUGUGUGCUCGAAAUGAUCGCUUCUGUGCCUAAUGACGCCCCACAAUCCGCCAAACAAGCCCUAGACGAUUGUUUAACAGCCGCCAUUGAAUGGGCCCCUCCUGAUGAAACGUGUCGCGCUUACGCCUUCUUAUCUAACCUUGUCAAAGAAAUACGAAGUAAUCAGUAUUCCAAACCGGAUCUUAUCUCCAACGGCAACGAGCAAAUGAAAAUAAAGGACCCCAAUAAUCUUCUAUGCACCCACGCCGGCAGCUGGCGGUUGCAAUGCGAAGGGACUCUGGUCCGAGCUGCUCCGCGGGUCGUUGGGACUCAAGCGUUUAAAGAUCUACCUUCUGAUUUGCGCAAAAGACUGCGAGAACUCGGUUGCAUUAUGUAUGGACCCCAAGCUAUUCCCAUCACGUCCUCUCCUCUCCAAGACCGAAAGUCUAAGAGUGUAUAUCAAAACAAACCGAAUAAACCAAACAAUUACACCACUGCCUCUCGAAGUUUAGAUAUGGAACAAGUACGACAGUCUUUCGUCCCGUACAAAGCUAAACCGAUCAGCAUGGGCGGGACGGAAAAACUAAAGAGCAAUAAUGAAUUACGUGAGAAGAAACCGAGCAAAGGCAUCCCACCAAAAGUGAGGACGACAAAAGCACAAGAAGAACGCGCUAAAUUUAAUCAAAUCAAAACAAAUUUAUCUCAAGACAGAUUGAACACUAAGGCUAGACCACAUCCUUUCGAAAAUACGAAACCUCGGUAUUUAGAACCGAGGCCCUGUAAGGAUGAUAAUAAAAAACUAUCAACGAAAAAGUUGAUGAACAAAAUUGUAUCGUCGAGCGAGUCUUCGCGCAAUUCGAGUCCUGUUCUGCCUCGUAAUUUGAGGAUAAGUAGCGCGAAGGCGAAGGAAGUGAAAGCGCAGACGAUGUCCCAGGACAGCCUCGCGACGUCCUCGCGGCCGCGCACCGCCGAGCCGUCCACCGACUCGUUGAGUGAGUCGCAGACGAGCAACAAGUACGCCACCUACACCAAGACGAAACACACUUGCAGGGGAUCCGUCGAAUCAGUGCGGUCAUCGAAAGGGGUUGUAUCAUCGAUGCACAGUUCCAACAACAGAACCAAAAUACCGGUGUAUUUGAAUCAGACUUCAGUGCCCAAUAAUUACGAAUAUAGAGAACCAGAGGUGAACAAGCGACCGGGCCAUUCUGCCACUAAUAGAAGUGUAGAGGCAAAGGUGGCGCCGGCGUCUCCUAAAUUUAAGAAUAAGAUGAGCGUAAGAAAUAUCCCUGGGUCGUUGAUGAACGCAACUAAGUCGAGUUCGGCGAAGAUGGUCACAAAAAUAGUAAAAGAUGGCCCGCAAACUAAUAAAUUGAAACCAAGGGGGACAGCUAUCAAGAAUCCCAGACAGAACGAGUCUGAUCGCCAGAAAGAAAUUCCUGUCAUGGGGCGGUCGGGUACAUUCCUGAAGGAUGAACCGACGUUCGGCGAUAAAACAACCAACAUUGAUAUAUGCCAAUAGGUAAAUAAAGUUUAGCCCUAACGCUUAUUUUCAAAACAUCACGACAGUUUAUUAACUUGUAGUAGUGAAUAAAAUAAAACCAAGAAGACUUCUUCUGUAGUUAAUGGCGAUGGUUUUACGUAGCGGAAUUCGCGGGUUCGACUUCCAGCGUAAGGAAAUGUUGAACAAACACAGGAGUGCGGCUGGUCCAUGCCCUAUUUAGUGAUCUUUUAUAGUAGUAUGCCGUCGAUUGCUUAAAUGUAUGCUAAAUUAUUAUAAACCAAUCUAGACAUUCUUACGCGUGGAAAACCUUAAAAAUAUGUCGUGAUGUGGCUCUCGGCUUCAGGCCUAAAUUCAGCUUUUGGUACUUAUUUAUUUCUCUAGUUAUAGUUUAAAAUGUUAACUUAUCAAAUACAUUUUAAUUUUUUGUUGUAAUAUCGGCUUUAAUCUUACCUACGUAGGUUUAGACCUGACCAAACUUUUUUGCAAGUUAUAUAGGUAAUACUUAUACAUACAAUCAUAUAAUUCUUGUACGACUUAAUGAGGUUUUAGAUAAAACAAGAAACCCUCAUCGAAUGAUAAAUGUUAGAUAUACUUUAUUUCCCAACAUUUUUGAUGCCCUGCAGUUGAUUGUAUCAUAAUAAUUAUUGUAGUAAAAUUUGGUAAGAAAUGACAUAUAUUUGUUAAAGAAUAAAAAAAAACAGUAUUUCCUUUUGGGUCAUAUUUUUCUGAGUGAACUUUAAAGAUAUGAGAAUGCGAACGGAUACUACUUUUUUUUAAUUUAUUUUUUUAUAUAACAUACACUUGCGUUUAGGAAAUAUUUAUUAUUUCAAUCUUUUUUUUUCUUAACUGACAAUUUUAGGUGUUGACCGCUAUUAGUUCUAUAGUGUGAGUGUGACUCUUUAAUGGUAUCUUUAAUACCUCAGAAAACUCUGGCCCAAAGUUAAUAUAUAUUUAUAAUAAGUUAUUAGUUAAUAUUGUGCAUAAUCAAAUAUAAUAAUAAACAAAAUUAUUUCAUAGCAUAGUUUACUAGUCCCGGUCCCAGUACAAGAGACCACAAUGUUAUUUAUUCAUAGGAAGAGAUUAGUGUUUUACACGAUAUAAAUAAUUUCACGUUAUUCCUUUUCUUUAAGAUCUAUUUUAAUAUUGUUUAUGACAAGUUCUAUAUUUGAAAUCCAGGCUUUGGUGGAACAAUAGUUCGACCACAACCUGGAUUUCAGUAUGAAGGAUUU